AUGGACAAAAAGUAGAGUAAGAAAUCAUAAAAGAAUGAUGAGGAGAAGAUGAACUAUAAUUCUGACGAUGACUUCAAUUGGGAUUCUCAUGAGGAUGAAGAAAAUGGCGAGCAUAAUUAGCUUUUACAAGAUUUUAGAAAAAACUAAAUUACAGCAAUUAAUGGAUAAAAAGGCCUGUUUGAAAAACUUUGUAAAUGCUGCAAAUCUAACCAAGACCUGAAUAGUAGAGAGGAAAUCUUGAAGCAAUUCUACAUUAUAGCAUUCAAACCAAAUGAGGAUGAAAUUCCACCAGAUCUAAAGAGUUAAAAUUGGAGUGAGAUAGGAUUUCAAAGUAAAAAUGCAAGAACUGACUUCAGAGGUGCUGGUCUUCUAGGUUUGCAUUGUCUCAGAUACUUUGCAUCUGUCUAUCCAGCUGAAUUUGCCUAGAUGAGAAAUAAUACUUCAAGCAACUUUUUCAUCGCGAUAACUAGUCUUAAUAUCACUCACAUGAUAAUUGUAUACCUGUAUAUGAACAGAGAAGAAGUACAAGAUAGAUUGAAAAAGCUGAGAGCCGGGAGAAAACAAUUGAAAAAAUUUGCCUUUCUAAAUCAAAAGACAAAGUCUACAUUUUUUGAGUUAAACUCUUUCAUGCUUCAAUAUGUAUAUCAUCUUUGGAUUAAAGAAUCUUCUGAAAAAGCAAAGGUUACAAGAUUACCCCCAGAUUUUUAAGCUAUUUUAGAUAAAGCAAAAAAAUAAGGACUUCAUCAUACUCUGUCUAAUCUCGAAAAUUUUAUUAACAAUCUGACGCUUUUGAGGAUAAGGCUAAAUGCUAUUAUAAGGGAGAAGUUUUAAAAAGAAUUCUUGAGUGAAUGA